AUAGACAAUGGAUUGUUGCUUUAAACUACUGAAUGUUCGAUCCAUCUUCCGUCUUUUGCAGAACCGACACAAUUGGUGUCAUUGCCCGAGUUAAAGCAUUAUUCAAAGGGCAUAACAACUUAAUUUACGGAUUUAAUACCUUCCUGCCAAAGGGAUAUGAAAUAACCCUUGAUGAGGAUGAGGCUCCACCAAAAAAGACUGUUGAAUUUGAUGAAGCAAUCAGUUUUGUAAAUAAAAUAAAGAAACGUUUUCAAAAUGAUGAGCAUGUAUAUAAAUCAUUCCUCGAUAUCUUGAAUAUGUACCGGAAGGUGCACAAGGACAUAAAUGAGGUCUAUAGUGAGGUUGCUUCUCUUUUUAAAGACCAUCCGGAUCUGCUUGAGGAGUUCACAAGAUUUUUACCAAAUUCUUCAGCAGCACCUUUGACGCAACAAGUUUCAUAUGGUCAAAAUUCUACUCAGCGCUAUAAUGAGAGAAGCUCUGCUACAGUUACCUUGCGGCAAAUACAGAUGGACAAGCAGCGUCGAAGGGAUAGGAUUAUUACCUCCCAUGCUGAUCGUGUUGAUCAUCCUGAACUGGACGAUGACAAAACUAUGAUGAGAAUGCAAAAGGAGCAGAGAAGGCGCGUCGAAAAGGAAAAUAGGGAUAGGAGAAUUCGUGAUCUAGAUGAUCCCAAGCAUGACAACAAUAGGGAUUUUUAUUUGCAUCGUUUUCCUGAUAAAAAGAAACAUGGGAGGAAGAUUGAAGGAUUUGCUUCUUAUGAUGACAGAGAUACUUUUAAAAGCAUGUGCAACCAAGGGUUCGUGUUCUGUGAGAAAGUUAAGGAGAGGUUAUGCAGCUCAGAUGACUACCAGGCAUUCUUAAAGUGCCUUAACAUUUACAGCAAUGGAAUAAUCAAAAGAAAUGACUUGCACAAUUUGGUGACCGAUUUACUUGGGAAGCAUCCAGAUCUUAUGAUUGAGUUCAAUCAGUUCUUGGAGCGUUGUGAGAAUACUGAGGGGCUUCUUGCUGGUGUUAUUAGUAAAAAAUCACUUAGUGGCGAGGAAAAAGAUAGAGAGCCGAAACGUGAAAUGGAGGGAACUAGGGAAAAGGAGAGAUACAGGGAGAAGUAUAUGGCAAAAUCCAUACAGGAGCUUGAUCUUUCUACCUGCCAACGUUGUACUCCGAGCUAUCGGCUUCUACCUGAUGAUUAUCCGAUACCUUCAGCUAGUCAGAGAUCAGAGCUUGGUGCUCAAGUGCUGAAUGACCAUUGGGUAUCUGUAACAUCUGGAAGUGAGGAUUAUUCUUUUAAGCACAUGCGCAGAAAUCAGUACGAAGAGAGUUUGUUCCGAUGCGAGGAUGAUAGAUUUGAGCUGGAUAUGUUGUUAGAAUCUGUGAGCUCAACUGCCAAGCGUGCUGAGGACUUGCUGAACAGGAUUAAUGAAAAUAAAAUCAAUAUGGAUUCUCCAAUUCCCAUAGAAGACCAUUUUACUGUUAUACAUUUAAGGUGCAUUGAGCGUUUAUAUGGUGACCAUGGUCUUGAUGUAAUGGAAAUACUACGUAAAAAUCCUGCUCUUGGAUUACCUGUCAUUUUAACUCGUCUGAAGCAGAAGCAAGAAGAGUGGGCAAAGUGCCGUUUUGAUUUUAACAAGGUUUGGGCUGAACUUUAUUUGAAAAACCAUUACAAAUCACUUGAUCACCGCAGCUUCUAUUUCAAGCAGCAGGAUUCAAAGAACUUGAGUGUAAAAUCUUUAGUGGCUGAAAUCAAGGAGUUGAAAGAGAAGAACCAGAACGAGGAUGAUGUUCUUGUGGCGAGCAUUGCUGGACACAAACAAGCCUUGGCUCCACACCUUGAAUAUGAUUAUUUAGAUGUUGGCAUUCAUGAAGAUCUGUAUAAACUUAUGGAGUAUUCAUGUGAAGAGAUGUGCUCAAACAAAGAACAGUUAGAAAAAGUCAUGAGGCUUUGGACCACUUUUUUGGAGCCAAUGUUGAGUGUUCCUCCUCGACCUAGCAGCAAAGAGGGUACUGAAGAUGCUGGUAAAGCUCAUAAUCCUACUGUAAACUGUACUGCAUCAAGCAUUGCUGAAAGUGAUGGAAGUCCUGGAACUGAUGCUACUGUUAAUUCUGAGCAACAAAAGGGUGCUAACGACGGAGAUGAGAACAGAUCACAGAAACUAACUAACUAUUGCAGAAAUGGUUUGACAAAUGGGGAAACUUUGACCAAAGAACACUCAGGUCGUGUUUAUAUGGGUGAUUCAACGUUAGAGAAGGAUAUUAAGUGUAUAGCUGAUAAAAGGCCUGGAGUUAACAUACUUGCAACCGGAACUGAAGCCCUUGCAAUUGAAGCAGAAAAUAAUCAAAGUAGAAACAACACUGAAGGGGCUUCAGCAACAUCUAGAUUGAGUAGCGCUGCUGCUGGUGAGGGUCAUGAAUCUGAAGCUAAUGCUGAUCUUCUACAUACAUCAGAGGGUGGUUGUGUAACAAAACAUGCUUUAUUAGUAAAUGGAGUGCAUAUAGAUGGCUCUUCUGCUAGUAGAUAUCAUGAAGAAUCUGCUGGUCCUUCCAAAAUUGAAAAAGAAGAAGGUGAAUUAUCACCUAAUGGUGGUGAUUUUGAGGAUUAUUUUGCUGCCUAUGGCGAUGAUGGUCUAAAGAAUGUGCCAAAGGCCAAGCAUGGUAUUGAAAAUGGACAAUACUGGUCUGGAAAUGGCAAAGAGCAUCCUGAGGAUGCUGGAGUAGAAAAUGACGCAGAUGCUGAUGAUGAUGCGUCAGGCAGUGAGUCUGAAGGCGGUGAAUGCUCUCCUGAAGACCAUGAAGACGAAGAGGUAGAUCAUGAUGAUGUUGAUGGUAAUGCCGAAAGUGAAGGUGAAGCCGAAGGGGCUACUGAUUCACUUGUGGGAGCAGAUGGUAUGUCCUUGUCAUUUUCAGAACAUUUUCUUUUUACAGUGAAGCCUCUUGCAAAGCAGGUACCUGCAGUUUCACCUGAAGAUGGAAAAAGUUCUUGGGCAUUUUAUGCAAAUGAUGAUUUCUAUGUUCUUUUCAGACUUCAUCGAAUUCUCUAUGAAAGGAUACUGUCAGCGAAAACAAAUUCAGCAGCUGUGGAAAAGUGGAAAAAUUCAAAAGAUGCUAGUUCUUCAGAUUUAUACGCUAGAUUUAUGAGUGCGCUUUACAGUCUGCUUGAUGCUUCUGCUGACAAUGCGAAGUUUGAGAAUGAAUGUCGAGCUAUAAUAGGAAACCAUUCAUAUGAGUUAUUCACAUUGGACAAGUUAAUAUAUAGAUUGGUUAAGCAGCUUCAAGCUGUUGCAACAGAUGAGAUGGAUGAUAAGCUUCUUCAAUUGUUUGAGUAUGAAAAAUCCCGGAAACAUAGGAAGACAAUGGAUCCAGUGUAUUAUGAGAAUGCACGUGUCCUUCUUCACGAGGAUAAUAUAUAUCGGUUGACAUAUUCAUCUUCGUCAUCUCGAUUGUCUAUUCAGAUGAUGGACAAUGUCAUUGAAAAGCCUGAAGCCUUUGCUGUUUCCAUCGAACCUAAUUUUUCAGCUUCGUUGCACAAUGAUUUUCUGUCUGUCUUCCUUAGAAAAAACGAGCCACAUGGAAUUACACUAAAGAGAAACAAGAGGAAGUACUCAAGUCUAGAUGAAUUUGCUGCUACUUGCAUCGCCAUGGAAGGUGUUGAGCUGGUUAAUGGUUUAGAGAACAAGAUAGCUUGCGACUCAUACAAGACUUCCUAUGUGUUGGACACCGAAGAUUUCUUCUUUCGUCGGAGAAGAAAUUCAACGCAAUGCAGAUCUUCAUACAAUAAUCAAGCUAGAGUUCAACUGUUCCAUAAAUUUUUAUCGGCGUCACAAUAACUUCGGAAAACGGUAAACGCGACAGCACAAAUCUUUAUAUCUCCACAACCAUUUAGGUUGCUCUUUUUUGGGAAUUUUCAAAGAUGACCUAACCUUCAUGCUUUUCUUGAAGCAAGGGCCAAAGGAAUGUUUCUUAUAUGUACCUGGAUUGAUGCUAAUUGGUUAAUGAAGAACGAAGGGUUAGGAAAUGUAGCACAUUUUGUAAGAUCAUACGAGUCAUUAUUGUGUAAAUGGGGUU